CAGCGACACGCUCAAGAUCCUGGGGGAGAUUGUAUCGCGAUGCAGGACCGAUAUCGAGGAAAUCGAGAGCUUGGUUCUUCCGCUUCUUACCAAUGUUAAAUCCGGGGGAUCUCUGAGCAAGAGGCGGCGAAUUCGCUGGCUUUUCGCCAAGUCCAAAAUAUGCAGCCAGCUGGCCGCCUUGGGGUCGUUGAAAUUGACGCUGUCUCUUUUCAUCCACACCAUGCAGCUCUCAGAUGGGUAUAAUACCGAGUAAGUAAUUCUAGCAGGACGUUGUCAUCGUUGAUUUCCGGUUCAGAGUUCGUACGGAAUCAUUCCAUAGUUCAUACCAGGAGAGUAUGCCCGGGCUGAUAACAGACACUUGCAGAGAAUUCAAGCAGGAAAUCCUGAACGCCAUACACGAGUCUAAACAUACCAAGACGACUUUUCUUGAUGCUGAGCGAGUGGAUCAGGCGGCCACGAGGGCAUGCGAAGAGGAGGCAAGCGACGAACUCGGCUUGGCGGAACAAAACAGCACAAGCGCCCAUGGUGUAUCAAUUCUGGCUGUAGAGCACCAUCAUGAUGACAGUGAGACAGCCAUGGGCCCCUUGCUCUCCCUUUCGAAGCCUGAUAAUGCUGCUGCCGACUGCGAACCCGAAGUAGCGGACGGCGACACUCACAGCUCAACAGAUUUGCAGCUCCAGCGACUGAAUAUGUCCGACUUUGAAGUGAUACAAGCGAUUUCUGACGACUCGCUCAUGAAAAUUGCAGCCCACAUGCAACUCCAAAAGUCCGUGGCAGCUUUUGCUCUCAACACCAUGAAUCGACGUCCAAUAGAGCAUUCGCUUUCUCCCGAGCCAACAUCGAGUCAGGCGGAUCCAGCCGAGGAUUCUGCAACGGAGGCUGUUGAGAGCCCUGAAUCCCCAGACAGCGACGAUUCUAGCAGUAUGAGAUCUUGGUCUACCUCUACAGCAGGAACCAAGGCAGAAAAGGGACGCUACUGUUGCCUGAUUCCCGGGUGUGGGAAGAUCCUCAACCGGUUGGCAGAUUUGAACCGGCACUACAAAACUGUGCACCUGCUUCCCCAAGGAGGGUCACCGCCCCUUGAGGACUUGGGGAGAAGGCGCGAGCGUCGUGCCGCAGCUCAGGGGGUUGAGGAGAUGAGGGAAGGGGCUCGGCAGCUUCGGCUGUACAAAUCACUUUACGAGCAGAUGAGAUCCGACUAUGAGAACUUGAAGAGACAGAUGAAGCACAGGGAGAGUGAUGCCGCGGACUCCGAGGAUGCUCCUUUGCUUGAAACGAAGAUCCAAAAGGCACGGGAAGUUGCGAACCAGGAUACCGAGAAGGAGAAUAAGGAACUAAUGGAAUGGAAGGAAGCAUGGGAAUGGGCCGAGCGUUUUAGAACUGGAAACUUGACAGAAAGGGAAGAAAAUCUUCUGUGGUUAUUGGAGACAACGGGGGAGCUGUAUCGUUGAGAGGACUCAGCAGGUCGAUACGACAAAUCGACACCAGGAGGUACCUACCUGGUAGUCUUCAGUUCAACUCCCUACUCUAAUACCUGAAUACCUAGGUAGCACAACGAUACUAUAUACUAUCGGCUUCACAGAUUGGCAAA